AAUAACUGGCUUUUUCCCCGACUCUAAUAGGCUAAUUCGAAAGGAAACUGUUAAACUAGAUGAAGAGCUGCCAACUUUAUCCGAUUACAAGUAUGCUUUUACAUUGAAGGAAUUAGAUGCCAGAAAUAUUAACAGAACUUACUACAUAAAUUUUAUAAGAACUUAUGGACAGAAAAAUGUAAAAGUUAAAUCAAUGACUCCAAUUGCAGAAGAUUCAGAUUAUCAAUUAACCAACAAAAACCAUUUACUUCUACAAAAUAUUAGAUGUGCCUUUGCCAGUAAAGACAAACCAAGUAAACAUCUACAAGAUACCAUACCGUUACCUCCAUCCAAACUGUACCACAUCAAAAUUGAGCCAACACAAAUAUCUUUAGGACAGAUCUCAUAUUACAGCUGCGUGUCUACCUCCUUCACUGUAACCAACAACAACGACUUCCCCAUCAACAUCCACAUGAAGUCUUCCAAAUCUGCCAUACUUGUACCGGACGGUCAAGUGAUCAAAGCCAAUUCAACCAAAGAAAUAAAAUUCAACGUGAUGGGUAACCAGCUUGGGAAUCUAGCAGCAACCCUGGCAGUACUGAUCAACUUCUCUCACAUAUUCGAAAUAAUUUGCAGAGCUGAGGUGACACUUCCGGUUUUGUCCUGUAACGAAAUAGACAUAACGAUCAAUCCGGAAGAACCUUGUCACAUUUUUACGGUGUCCAAUCCCGUUUUGACUGCCAUCGAAUACAGAUGGUUGAUGUCAGACAGUAAGAACUUCGAGGUCUAUCCAGAUUCGGGGUUCGUGCCGCCAAAAACCAACAUGUACUUCCUCCUUAAAUACAGACACAAGGUCAACCCGAUGUUGAACGCCCAGAUGACUUUGCGCACCUUUUGUAACGAAGAGACCCUCAUCAUUAAGGUUGAGGAAAAGAAACUGGAGUAUGCCUUUGAUGUGGACGUCGUCAACUACGGAAGUAUGACCAUUAAUAAGCUGAUAACGAAAGAAAUAUAUCUAAAAAACAUGUCCGAUUCGAUGUUGUCGUUUCAAAUACAGAAUCACACGGAAGCUCGUGAAAUACAAAUGAAUCCUGUCUCUGGAAUUAUAAAGCCCAUGUCCAUUCAGCCGUUCCAAAUUACCGCCAAAUUUAGGGACGUAAUUGACUUUUCAAAAACUUUUAACAUGUCUUUUGAUCAGAGGUCCAACUGUAAGAUAACCGUUAACGGUUCAUGCAAGUACCCAGUGAUCAAACUGAAACCAACGACCAUUCAUUUCCCCAAAAUCGCACCUCAAGCAAUAUCACAGUUUGAGUUCUCAGUUACGAACAUCUCAGAUGUGUUUACUAACGUGAAAUUCCUCAUGGACGAAUUACCGGAGUUUUCUGUAAAAGAUUUCAACGGCAACAUCCUGAAGGACAUACGCCUGAAUCCCAAAGAGAAGCGUAGCCUUUACUUGCAAUUUAUGCCUGAGGAAGCUGUUGCCUAUGGUGUGUACUUGCCUAUUAAGAUCAAUAACAUCAUUGGACCUCCAAGGUUGAAUGUAGCUGAAAGUCUGAUUCCCAAAAAUUACUUAUCAACAGUUACCCUUUUUGACACAAAGCCUGCUGAGGUUCCUAUUAAGCUGCCAACAAUAACCAUAACAUGUGCUUGUGGAGGAGAAAUGCUCAGGUUUUCCCGGUUGAAUGUAAACUUCAAUUACAACCUGGGAAAGAUUUAUGAAGAAAUUAAAAUAAAAAAUCUGAGCGACCAAAAAAUCAGGUUGUUACUGGACACUUCCACUUUGGAAGAGCCGUUCCAACUAGAAGUUAUUGGCUGCAAGGUCACCGAUUUCGGCCAAUCGCACCUCAUCAGGUUCCAACCUGGUGAUGUAGCUUUUUACCACCUCAAAUUCAAUCCGGUGGGAUACGGUGAUUACACCUUGAAGCUUCCCAUUUAUUUGAAGGAGUACUACGAAAACUGCAUAUUCAAUUACAUAACCGUCACCGGAGUGUACGACGAACCAAAAAUCAUUUUCUUGAAGAGGGCCCUGUACUUCGAGGUGACGCUGCCCGGCCUCGUAGAAGAGCAAGUCGUCUCCAUCAAAUUGGAGAAUCACCGACCAGGAUGCAAAAUAUCGGUGACGUGUGAUGUAGAGUUCAUAAAAAUCUCCAUAAACAAAAGCGAAGAUUCCGCCCUAAUUUCUCUAGAGUUUGCCCCAAAAACCGUCUGUCAAAUUGACGGAAUCUCGACUUACACCUGCACGUGCGGUGGUGCGUCCCAGCUGAUACUCAGGGCAGUGACGGGAAAAAGCAUAACAAUCGCCUACGUACCAAUCGGUAUCAGGGACUCGGUGAACUCCUACACAAGGAAAUCGUACUUGGAACCGUUCGUGGUGGAGUCCAUAACGUCUUGGGACAGUUUUUUGAAAUACCCGUACUUCCCCUUGAUCGAGUCGUCGAGGUACUACUACGAAAAGUUCAGCGUACUCGGUGCGGUUGAAUAUUGGUUGUACAGUCAAGGAUUUUUAUUCAAAGAGUAUUAUAAAAUCCCGUUAACAAUCUCGAGGUAUUUUGAGUUUCAGGCAAAAGACAAGGAGAAAAUCAAAGACAAAAAGGAGAAGCGGCCAAAUCGACUGCCUGUGCAACAGUUGCUGAUCAAUUUGUGCGGCUACGAAAUUUUGAAAUACGUUGAAUACAGUUUCGACCAAGAUUAUCCGAGUAACAUUAAAGACACAGUUUAUAGCUACAACGUUUACAAGAAAGUUCUGGCACUUUUAAGAGAGUAUGGCAUGAAGACAGUGCAUAUAUAUGCAGAGUUGUUGUUGUCGUACGACCAGUAUCUUGUCUUCAAAGAGUUCAUAUCCGACCCUGACUCUGAUGUUGGUCGAAGACACAUCACGUUGGAGAAAUUAUAUUUUUAUUCUCUAAGCACCCAGAUUUGGUUGGACCUGAUCUUGCACAUAUACAAGAUCUUCGUCGUGUCCAAAGUUUCACAAACGAUCAACAGUAAGAAGGUUAGGUUCCAUCUCGACGAACAGUUUUAUGAGUACCACGACAGCCUAAUUAAUGAAAUAACUGCCUAUGAUAAAGAAGAAGAUAGUCUUCUACUCUGGCUGGAAUUCAUCUACAACAACAACAAACACUUGAUCGACAAAAACUUAGAUGUCAGGGAGGUGAGAAAUUUUACAGCACACCUUCAAGACGGCAUCAUAUUUGCGGUACUGAUUGCCGCGUACUGCCCAUACAUGAUAAACGAAGUCUCGAAAAUAAUUCAUAUCGCACCCAGCUUGGAGACAUGCAUUCACAACGCAUGCGUGGUCACAUCGGCCUUCAGAACCUUGAAGUUCUCCUUAAGCUACGACCCUCUCUACAUCGUGUACCCGAACAUCAUGGAAAUGCUAAUGCUGGUGACUUACCUGUUCGACGUGUUACCCUCGAUGUAUCCUACGGAAACAGUCGAGAUGACGUGCGCCCUUGCGGAGUCGUCCGAAAGGGAUGUCAACUUGAAGAACACCAGCGACUUCCCGAUAUGUUACGUCGGAGUGCUGUUGCCCCAGUCGACAUUGUUCAGUGUGGAGCCGCAAGUUGUGGUCGUACCUCCGAACAGCAAACGUCGCAUUAAAAUAGUGUAUAACGCCCAAAAAAUAUUCGAGGCCAACGCGACGCUGUUGCUGUCGGGCGAAACUAAGAAGUUCAAGUACGCCAAGAGCAUGGUCUUCACCCUGCACGGAGUACCCACGUACAAAUCCGGCAAGUCCGUGCGAAUAGGCGUGCCGCUGUACAAGUCGGUGACCAAAAAACUGACCAUCGUAUCCCCGUAUAAAAGCUACGAGUGCGACAUCUACGCGUGCAUCAACUUCCCCCCGGAGUCCAGGAGCGACUUCAUCACUUGGCAGGAAUGGAACAACUUGAACAUACCGAGGCAAGUCUACAGCAAGGCCACCACCAUGAGCUUCAACUACGAGGGCGUCGGCUAUUUGUAUCUGGACAUCUGUUACAUCGUGCCGGGCAUUAAGAACUUCUUCAUAUUCUUCCUUCACCCGAACGGCGAUUUCUGUUUGAAGGUCGACAUUAAGGUUAGCAAGAGGAUCGUUGCGGAGCAACUUACCAUUGAAAUACCGGAGAGAUUUGUCAACAAGUGCGUGUGCAAGAAGGGCGUCACCAAUCCCAGGUGUCCUAAGGCCUUGGUCGUUAACAUUCCGUGCAAAAAUAGAGCCCUGUGGGACGCCCUGCUGUUGUUGCUAAAGACCUCCAGACCCACCGAGGAGCAUUUCUGGCGUAAAUAUCUCAGAGUGCCCGUGGGUAUUUUCAUUUUGAAGGUGAUGAUGGGCACAUGGAGGUUCUGGGAACGGGAGGAGUUCGACGACUUAUUCGACAACACCGUCGAGUAUAGAGUCAACAUUGGCAAACAAGUAGUUGCACAACCUAGUAUUGUGAUACCAGAUACGACGUUGGAGGAUGAGUUUGUACCCUUAGUGAUCCACAUGAGAUCGGACAAUCCGCCAACCAAAGAAACGUUGACAUUAAAUGCGAAACACGGAAGGGAAAACCGGGAUUAUUCUUUGUUGUUUUUGGGUACCACCUUCGUUAACGAAGUUUGAAUUAAUCGGGGUUUUUACAGAAUUCAAAUAAUGACACAGUAAAGAACAUAUUAGUUCAUAUGCGACGUGGUUCUAGCAUAUUUAUGUAUCUGUAUAAUAAAUUAACUACUUAUAUAACGAA